AUGAUGGAUGUUGCCGCUGAGGUUGAAGAAAAUCUAUUUGCUGUUAGUGAUGCCAAGUUACAUGGACAAAUGUGCAAGGCUCUUUCUAUAGUAUAUUGCAAAGUAUUGUCAGUAUUUCCUUCUUUAGAAGCAGCUAGGCCUAGGAGUAAAACUGGAAUUCAGGCAUUAUGUUCAUUGCAUGUAGCCUUGGAGAAAGCCAAAAAUGUUCUUCAUCAUUGCUCAGUGUGCAGUAAACUUUACCUGGCUGUAACUGGGGACUCCGUUCUCCUGAAAUUUGAGAAGGCUAAAUGUGCUCUUGAAGAUAGUCUUAGGCGGGUGGAAGAUAUUGUUCCACAAUCCAUUGGAUAUCAGGUUCAGGAGAUUGUGAAUGAAUUUGCAAGUGUGGAAUUUGCACUUGACCCCUUAGAGAAGCAAGUUGGUGAUGAUCUAAUUGCAUUGCUCCAGCAGGGCAAGAAGUUUGACGACGAUAGUGAAAGUUACGAGCUUGAAUCUUUUCACCAGGCUGCUACUAGACUUGGAAUAACAUCUUCAAGAGCAGCUCUUGCUGAAAGAAGAGCUCUCAAGAAAGUUAUAGACAAGGCUCGGGCUGAGGAAGACAAAAGAAAGGAAUCAAUUGUUGCAUAUCUUUUGCAUCUUAUGAGGAAAUACUCCAAGUUAUUCAGAAAUGAGUUUUCAGAUGACACUGAUUCUCAGGGUUCUGGUCCUUGUUCUCCCACUGUUCAGGGAUCUAAUGAGGACGGCGUUCCUGUUUGUCAUAGUCAGGCUUUUGGCAGACAGCUUUCAAAACUUAGUUCCUUUAGUUUCACGCCAAAUAAUAAUAUGGAGCCAGGGCAGAUGGCUCUACCACCUGAAGAGUUGAGGUGUCCAAUAUCUCUGCAUCUUAUGUAUGAUCCAGUUAUUAUUGCUUCUGGGCAAACAUAUGAAAGGCUUUGCAUAGAGAAAUGGUUCAGUGAUGGGCACAACAACUGCCCAAAGACCCAACAGAAUCUUCCACAUCUUUGCUUGACUCCUAAUUACUGUGUUAAGGGUCUUGUUGCUAGUUGGUGUGAACAAAAUGGAAUUCCUAUUCCCGAAGGCCCUCCUGAGUCUCUUGAUCUUAACUACUGGAGAUUGGUAAUAUCAGAGUCUGAGUCUGCAAAUUCCAGAUCUGUAAAUAGUGUCAGCUCUUGCAAGCUGCAGGGUGUCAAAGUGGUUCCUUUAGAAGAGAGUUGUAUCUCAAAGGAAUAUGGGGAAAUUGAAGCUGAGAGUGUAUCUGCGCAAGAGGAAGACACUGAGCAGUAUCUUAGUUUUCUGAAAGUCUUGACUGAGGAGAGCAAUGGGAAGAGGAAAUAUGAAGUGGUAGAACAGUUGAGGCUGUUGCUGAGGGAUGAUGAAGAAGCUAGGAUUCUUAUGGGGGCUAAUGGGUUUGUUGAAGCACUUAUUCAGUUUUUACAAUCGGCUUUACAUGAAAGGAAUUUGAUGGCUCAGGAAAGUGGAGCAAUGGCUCUCUUCAACCUAGCUGUGAAUAAUGACAGAAAUAAGGAGAUUAUGUUAUCAGCUGGAGUUUUAUCUUUGUUGGAGGAAAUGAUUUCUAACACUAGUUCUUAUGGUUGUGCAACUGCUUUAUAUCUGAAUCUGUCUUGCCUUGAAGAAGCCAAACCUAUGAUUGGCAUGAGCCAGGCUGUACGGUUCCUAACCCAACUCCUUCAAUCUGACUAUGACAUUCAAUACAAGCACGAUUCUCUCCAUGCUCUCUAUAAUCUUUCUACUUUGCCCUCCAAUAUUCCAUACUUACUUUCAUCUGGCAUUGUUAAUGGCCUACAAUCCCUUCUUGUAGACCAGGGUGAUGACUGUACAUGGACAGAAAAAUGCAUAGCUAUUUUGAUAAAUUUAGCUACUUCUCAAGUUGGAAGGGAGGAAAUGGUAUCAACUCCUGGACUCAUUAGUGCAUUGGCUUCAAUAUUGGACACCGAUGAGCUCGAAGUGCAGGAACAAGCUGUCUCUUGCCUCCUAAUUUUGUGCAAUAGAAGUGAGCAGUGUUCCGAUAUGGUCUUGCAAGAAGGAGUUAUACCUGCGCUGGUAUCAAUAUCAGUGAAUGGGACCCAAAGAGGACAAGAAAAAGCUCAGAAACUCCUGAUGCUGUUCCGACAGCAGCGACGAGAUGAAUCACCUGUUGAGGCUCAUGAGUGUCCUCCUGAAACUAGUGAUUUGUCUGUGCCACCUGCUGAAGUGAAACCUUUAUGUAAGUCGAUGACUAGAAGAAAGACAGGGAAAGGUUUUGGCCUUUUCUGGAGAAGCAAGAGCUAUUCUGUGUACCAGUGUUGA